CUUCAGCAGCAUUAAGCUGUGACGGUCUGCAGGCUAUUAUUGUAAAGACGGGCGUGUGUGAUAUGUGAGGUGUCGAAACCGGGCCUGACAGCAGCGCACCUGACAAGAGUCUCUGAGAGUCACCCCCCCCCUCCAGCCUGCAUGAUAAACUCCUGCAAUGAUUACAGACCACAGUCAGAACAGUCACAUCACAUCAUGGAGGGGAAGCUGCUGCUCGUGCUCCUGGUUCUAACUGCAGGAAGCAACGCACAGAACACGUCAAAUGUUUGUGGCAUUGCACCGCUCAACACCAGGAUCGUAGGAGGCGUAAAUGCUCCACCAGGGUCAUGGCCCUGGCAGGUCAGUCUACACAACCGCAAUGGACAUUUCUGCGGAGGCUCCCUGAUCAACAGCCAGUGGGUCCUGUGUGCUGCUCACUGCUUCUCCAGCACCAGCACAUCAGAUUUAACUGUUUAUCUCGGACGUCAAACCCAACAAUCCGUAAAUCUUAAUGAGGUGUCCCGUUCACUGUCUCAGAUCAUCAUAAAUCCAAACUAUAACCCUGACACACACGACAAUGACGUCUCCUUGCUGCUUCUGUCCUCUCCUGUUAACUUCACCAACUUCAUCAGUCCAGUGUGUCUGGCGCCGGAUGGCAGCACCUACCCGGACAGGACAGUCUGCUGGGUCACCGGAUGGGGAACCAUCUCAAGUAGCGGCACUCCUCUUCCAUUCCCUCAGAAUCUGCAGGAGGUCAGCGUUCCCCUUGUGUCCAACACGCAGUGUAACGCUGCUUAUGGAAUAAUCACAAGCAACAUGAUCUGUGCUGGUCUGACGGCGGGAGGGAAGGACUCCUGCCAGGGGGACUCUGGCGGCCCGUUGGUGACUAAAGUCGGCUCUACGUGGGUCCAGAUCGGGAUAGUGAGUUUUGGAGAUGGCUGUGCUCAGCCUGGCUUCCCAGGAGUCUACGCCCGAGUGUCCCAGUACACCUCCUGGAUCAAUGGGAUAACAUCUGGAACCGCUCAUCUGGUUUCCCUCUCAGCUCCUCUGCUGCUGUCCUUCUUCCCUAUUCUCUUCUCUCUCUUUGUGCUUUCAUAGCAACGUCUAACUGUCCGGAUCAAUGGAUCUGGAUCAAUCAUUGAUGUAAAAACUUGCUGUCUGAUGUUUAUUUUCUCUCUUAAUUGAUAAAUUGUUUUGUCUUUAAAUAACGAAGUAGAGAAAAAGUCUAAUCUUUCGCAUCCUUUUCUUUCUUCUGCUACAUCUUGUUUCGGUUUUAAAUGUGUAUAUAAUGUUAUAACUUCUGUAUUACGGGAAGAUGUCUUGUUAUGUUUUCCGUUGGGGCUGCAACUGACGAUUAUUUUCAUCAACAAUCAACCUGCACAUUAUUUUCUUGAUUAAUCAAUACAUCAUUUGUUUCUAUAAAAUGUUCUUAAAAUAUUUUACAAAUAUAUAAUUUCCCAUCGCCCAAAGACAUGUAUUCAAAUAGUUUAUUGAAAACUCAAAGAUAAUUACUUUAUGGUCACAUCAAUCUAAGAAAAGCAUAAAAUCUUCCCAUUAGAGAAGCUGAGUAAGAGAAUAUUUGGAUGUUUUGGAUGUUUUGCUGCUAAAAUGUGAAAUUGUUUAAUCUGCUGUGGAAACUUGAUGUAGUUUUUUAAUGAAGUUAAAUUAAAGACGUUAUUGUGAAGGUGAAACAUU